CCUAUGUAAAGUACUGGCAAGCAACCACCUAGAUUUCGCCACCCAACAUACGCUCCCAUCUGUACCCAAGGAUGCUCGUCACAGGUGCGCAGUCUUCCAAAGUCAAGAAAAAGCGCUCCUCUAUCCUACGCCGCUCCUCAUCUUCACCGUUCUCCUCGGCCCGCCGUCGCAAGCCUUCAUUACCAAAGCAGUCGUCUAAGCUUUCUACCAAGCGUGACGAGGGCGAUGACAUAUUCGAGGACCCACUUGAUGAUACAGGGGUGAUUGCCUCACUGGCAUCCGAUCUAAGUCUGCGAGAUGUCGCACAAUUCACAGAGAAUAUCCAUCGGCGCAUGUUCGAUGAGAUACCAGAAAGAGGAUCCGGCAUGAACUCGACGCGAAUAGCGGAAGUCCUAAAUUACAGGAAGAACCUCCCACCCAUAGUCACAAUAGCACAUAUACACGCACUCUCACGGUCAAUCACACGCGCUGAUCGUGAGAUCGCUGAGCUAUCGCAAGCAGGUAUUGUGCGAAAGCUUAUCGUCCCAAACCGUGGUGCAGGAGCGUCCAAUGUAGGCGAAGGCCUCGUGUUAGUCCCGCAGUGGGAAAAGCGUGUUCGGGGAGAUCCACAUCUCGCAACGGACAUACAAGAGAAGUACAUCAGCCUUCUGAGAACAAAUUCCACGUCGCUCAGUAUCUCUGCAACUUCUUUGAGUCCCAGUGAAGCGUCGGCGCUGACGUCUACUGGCUUUCUAACGUCAUCGACACAAAGCAGAUCAACCAUCAUGGAUACAUACUUCCGCCCAGGAACAGGAACCUUCAGUACAUUGACCUCAUUAUCAUCCGUAGGACAUAAAUCAGCAUCAGGUGCAGUAGAGGCUGUAGGUGGAUCUGGUGCCUUCGUGAGCAGUGGAGGCAGUGCAAGCGGUGUCGUUCAAAAAAGCUCUUCGAACGCGUCACGGAGCGCACAAUACAAUUACGCGCUACCCAAUACUGGUCCACUAUUGAAACUCAUCGUAGAAGCCCGUACACACCUCUUAUCGCUCAUCUCGAAGACUUCGAAGUAUAAAGAAGCCCCUUUGGACAUGUUGCGUGAGCGAUGGGAUGGCGGCACAGCCGAUGCCCCUGGAUCAGCAAAGAAAAUGAGAGGUGAAUUCACAGGCGUGUUGCCAGCCAGGACCAAGAAGUGGAAAAGCUUUAAUGGUCUAUGUUUCGAAUGGAUCUUAGAAGAAUGUGUUGGAGCGGGUCUGAUAGAACUCUUCGAGACGCGCAGCGUAGGAAGGGCUGCUCGACUCGUGCAAUGAAACACUAUACAUGGUCAAAACCCUUAAAUCCUUGUUAUGCCUGCGUUCUUUUCGGUCCUGUGUAACACGUUGGUACAUUCAGUCCCAAUGGGGAACAACUGUGACUAAUAGUUCGAUUAUGAUAGCGAGGUUCCGAUAUCUGUGUUUUGGACCAGAUGUACGCACGUAUCUCUUCGAUACGAGAUCAUAAUAUGACCCGCACAUGGUCCUGCUUCUUGUUCGUUGAUUUCAGUCACUCAAGUCAGUGUCGUGGGGAUUGUAGGCGCGAAGUUCAUGUUCAACGGCUAGAGAUAGUGCAUAGAGACCUUCAUGGAUCGUACUUGGCUCGGUGAAGGUAUAGAGAGCGAGAGCCAGGAAGGGAAGCUUUCGUAGUGUGCGACCGCUCAGCCCAUCUGCCUUUUGCGAUAUUAUCCAUAACUUUCGUGCUGGAGCAUGCGGCUGGUCGUA